CCUUCGCCGUAGAACGAUCUUCGUGUCUGGAUCGACUUAGUCCGGAUAUCUUCUAUAUUGAUCGAUAAGAUUUGAGAUUUUCAUAGAAAAAGAAAAGAGAAAAGAAAAAAAAAAAACUUUAAUUGGCGCUGAAUUUUCUUUUCGUCUUGCGGUCUAUAUACGCGGACUUCGCGUAAUGAUUCUUACGAACCGAUGUGCAAAAUCGGAAGAGACGUGAGGUUCAAGGAACGAGAAUGAGGACGAUCUUGCACGUGCAUCGCAGUCACUGUAUCAAAUACUUCGGGGAAUAAAUACGACGUGUCGGGUAAUCAUGUGGAAGUGUUGGAUCCUGUUUCUAUGCUUCGCAGGUUUAUCCACAGCUGUUUGGGACUCGCAAAAUUUCGGAGCUAACUCCCGAGCGAGGAAUCAAUCUACGGCAGUGCGUCAGCACGAACCUGUGAGACGAUUUGCAUGUCCGGUAGGAUUCUUUCGACUGAAACGAUUUUGCUACUACUUGAGCGCGGGCACCGCACCUUGGAGAGAAGCGUACUUCCAUUGCAAAGACAGAAACGCAACUCUGGCUAUAUUAGACAGAAAUGGAAAGGACAAGAUACUGAGAAAGUAUUUGAUGGGAGAACAAUUCACAAAACUGGAGCGAUGGAUCGGUGGAAUUUUUAACUGGCAACAAAUGGCCUGGGAAUGGGGUGUGACAGGUGAGAAAAUGGUCUUUCAGAGUUUCGGCAAAGCCGAGACCGAGAAAUCGGAGAAGUACGCCUGGCAUUGUGUCAUAAUGGAUCCCGCAUUCAAAUACAAGUGGAGUGCGAGAAGUUGUGUCGAACGGAAGUAUUACAUAUGCGAAGUACCAGCUGGCCGUAUAGUCAGGAGACGCAAGAAAUCUGACAUUUCUGCACCGCAAAACCAAAGAUUAAAGCCCAGAAAGAAGGGCAAGAAAUUUUCGGAUGAUCAGAAAAAAUUAGACGGAAGAAAAAAAAGCCAAACUUGGAGAAGAAAUUGGACGGACCAAAGAGCGAACCAGCAGUGGGCUCACGGUGUCAAAUUGGGGUCACGACCGCCUUCUAACAUCAAAGUCACGGAGCCCAGAGAACGUGCGCGACAUCAGACCUUACGUUCAAACAGAACCCGCUUGCAACAACCUCCUGUGGUCAGGGUUGCUCAAGUGUUACCCCAAAGACGAAAAUACGACGUUUUUCCGGACGGCGGAUCUAACAACCAUCAACCUCAGAAUUUGGCGGAUAUGAAUGUUCUAUCGCAGUUCCACAGUAAAAUAAAUGAUUUAGCACAAGAGGAAGUUUUACUCAAGCCUUGAGAGAAAAGUUACGUCUAAGCUAAGAGAAGAAUUUAGGUUUCAUCAAACAAUUAGUUACGGCUGCGGCCACAAAGCUGCUCUGACAUGACACACGCCGCUAAAAACAAGUAUUAAAACGUAAAAAAGUUUCGUUAUCACGAAACUUUCAAAGAAAAACUAUUAAUGCCAUUUUACACUGUAACAUACAUAUUAUAAUUACGGUUUGCUAUUAUAUUAACAAAUUUUGUAUAACACACCUUGCGAUCGACGACGCCGUGCGUGGAAUACAUAUGUAUCUCUCUUCGUCCCGACCAACGAGUUGGAAAUUUAUAUUUUUGCGACAUUUAUAUUGUGCGGCACAAGCAGCCAUUCACUUUGGUUUAAUUGAAAAACAUCGUUUAAAAAAAUCGAUGAAUAUAUUUUAUAUGAUCGUAUUUUUAUUAUAAAUGUAUUAUUACAACAUAAAAAAGUUUUUUCCCUUUCUCUAAUCGUUCUGUGAUCUUGUAUUCUCUUUUCUUCCAAGAAAAACACUUUGCAAAAUAUUAUAUUGUUAUAACAAACUUUUACAAUAACAGAAAAUGUCAAAAGUAUUAUUUCUGUUGCAAAAAACUCUUUGCUAUGUGAUCGAUCUAAAUGAGAUUCGACGAAACAUGAUAAAAUCAAUCGGAUCUUAUGUAAUAGACCUCGUUCGGUAUUGCCUGACAUUGCGCGCGCGCAAAGAUUUGAGACAUAAUAAAUAGAAGAAUUGUGUGGUGCAACACAUAGGUAAUAUACAUCGAUGUAUAUUAACUAACGCUUGUCUCAAUAGCUUUUUUUUCUCUUAUUCUUUCAGUCGUAAUAUCAUUUUUCACUAAAUUAUUCAUUACAUUAUGUCUCUCUAUAAAUUUGUUUAUAGCGAGUGUAUUGCUAAGUUGUGUAUCGUAAUGUUUUAUGCGAGUUAAGUAGAUAAUUCAUAUUAUAUUCAUUAAACACAUCUCAAGCUCUAUUUACAUGUUUGUUUUGUCAUCGUAUGGCGUGACAAAUUUGCAUUGUAUCAAUUAAGCGUCACUUAAGCGUCAAUUAAGCGUAACUAGCAAGGUUGCCAGUUUUUAAAAUGAAAAUGAUAGAUUGGAACACAACUGAAGAAAAAAAGUUAUCCUACUUUGUAGUUUUUUUUAUCUUUAACUAUCAAUAUAAUUGAUACACAAAAAAUCGAAACAUUAUGUAUUAUAUAUUAAUAUUUUAUAUUAAUGUACACAUGCACA